CAUGAUGGAUAGAAGGGUUUUCAACUCUGGUGAAUCUAAUUUGUUCAGUAAUCUAACCAAUGAGUUGAUUAAAUGGAGAUUCGAUUCUGAGGGGAAAAUUGCAUUGGACUCAGUUGUACAUUGUUGGUAUUCAUUAUCAGAUCAAUUGCACUUGAUCAGAAGAAUAAUUGAGUCAUUGGCAAGUGAUGUUUCAGUCAUAAUUGCAGAACUCAGAAGACUUUUGUCAUUAGAUGUAUUUUUACAAGGUCAAGCUACAGAUUUGAGGUUCAUUGAGAACCCAAUUGAAUUUAAUAGUCUUGUUAAUAAUCAAAUUUAUCAAAAACUAUCAGAGUGGAACAAACAUGGAAGAGACUUCUUUGCGCACGGUGAUUUCUUCAAUACAAAAGUUGAGUUUCAAUGUUUAUUCCAAUUAUUUAGAGAAUAAGACUGAAUUAGAUCAAAUC